AUGGGGCCAAAGAAAGAAGUCACUAAGCCUGACAAGUCUGUAAAGGCUACAAAGUCUCUGAAGUCUACCUCAGGAAAAAAACAGUCGGCAAAGAGGACUGCUGCUGCCAAGAUGUCGUCUAAGACUGUCGCGAAAAAUGCCUCAAAGAAGCUUCACGGUGUCAAAGGUGGCAAGAUCGCGAAGUCCAAGUCCAAGAAAACUAUCGUCGCUAGGGCUCUGAAAGCUCAGAAGGCUAUGAAUAUCGGUGCUCAUACGCGGGGCAAGAAGAAGGUCAUGAAGAACAUUCGUUUCCGUCGGCCCAAGACAUACAGGCCUCCACGCUGCCCCAAGGAUCGCCGUUUUGAGAUUCCCAAGCGCAAUAAGUUGGACGCUUUUCGCAUCAUCCGUCAUCCCGUCACAACUGAAGCAGCGAUGAAGAAAAUUGAAGAUAACGAUACUCUUGUAUUUGUUGUCGAUCGUCGGGCAAAUAAGCCAGCUAUCAAAGCCGCUGUUCAAGAAAUGUACAAAAUUAAGGUGGCUAAGGUGAAUACUCUCAACUGCCCCAAAAACAUUAAAAAGGCUUACGUGAAGCUGCCGCCGGACUUUGACGCUCUGGAUGUUGCUAACAAGAUCGGUAUUAUAUAA